AUGGUCCAGCCGUGUCGGGCCCGGCCCGAUAGUAGAAAAGCCCAUAUCAUAAACGACUUAAAUGGGCACCCGGAACCAUGCCCAAACCUGGCUAGAAUGGCCACGGACUCCGGGCCGAACUCGGUCUACUCAGAGCGCAGGAUAUAACGUCUUUUUUUUCUUUUUUUUCCCUCUAUUUAGUCUCCAGUAAAAAAUCAAGACAUUAAUUAACCCGAAUUUUCUAAAUUAGGAAAUUAUAACUGAAAGUCCAUUUUAAGGGGGACCCAGCUGUUCAGAAGAGGAAUACUGGUACAUGGUUACAAUAACCAUAUGGCCCAGGUGUAGAUUAUAAUAACGUGCUAUAUUUUACUUUUUUCUCGAUUUUUUUAAUAGGAGUGUGUGCUAUUUUUAGUCACUUAUCUUGUCCUUGCAAUAUUCCAAGGUUUAUUAUUACAUUAGGCUACGGUUUCUUGAAUCGGAAAUAGGAGUCAAGAACAAUGUAUAGUAGAUUAAUGUAGUUUAUUCGAGGAGAAUUUCAGCAUUAUUUUGGCUUCGUUUUAUCUCCUGCGAAUAUUUAUCCAGUUAAUUAAUUCAAUUUAAUAUUUACUCGGAAUUUAACGUUGACCCUUCACUUCCUAAAUGAGGAUAUCACUUCCUAAACGAUGACCCUUAACUUCCUAAACCGGUUUUCAUGGAUAGAAAGCCGCAUAUUGAGGGAAAAACCUGAGAUUAAAUUUUAUGAAAAAAAAGUGUGAUUUUAUCGAGGAAGGUACCCCCUGCGAGGCCUUAUCCCUGUCUUCUCCGGAGAUUUUGGAGCAUGGCCGAAGACGAAAUCCCGGCACGAUUCUUACCACAGAGAUGAACAAUACACGAUGAUUCUUGCCCAAAAUGGGUUAUCUUCAUCCUGUUUCAGUUGACCAUUUUUUUUCCCUCCCCUUCAAUCUGCCGCCAUAAAUCAAUAAAAAAGGCACCAACGAGGAAUGAGAGCACCGGCUUCAUGGUCUCCUCCUUCGUGGUCAACCAUGGCGGGCCUGCCUCCAUCGGCAAAAAUUGAGUCGAGGCUUUGACGGAUCGCCAAAGUCAACCCCCAGGAAAUUUGACUUCUUGAUGGUCAGAUGUCUGAAAAAGUGAGCUGCAGAUCAAUCCUCAGUCUGAAUCCGAAUCUAUAGACAGGUAAAACCGUGGCCUGGUUGACCUCGGUCUUCGAAUGGGUGCUCUUUCGGAUCCACAGCUGGUUGCAGCAGGUGGCGGAGGAGCUGCAACCAAUGAGCACAUAUAAACAUAACCCAGCCUACUAA